GUACUCUCACUUCUCGACGCGCAAUCUGCGCAUGAGCUGCCUAGCCUCGGCCUCGUGCUCAUGUUUUGAACAUGUACGCGGGUCGCUGCCGCCGCUAUCAUCACAUGGAAUCGCCUACCAACUGCGGCCUGUACGUACUAGUUGCGAAACUCUGAUCCUCCCAAUUUACAGAGCUCAUCAAGACCAGAACUUAGCUAUCAUAUUGCUGGGAAUCAUUCGCAAGCUCUAAAUCGGAAGACACGUCAGAGAUUGAUAUAUCUUGACCGAAGACUCUGAUCACAUUUCAGCCUUCUACAUGUACAGUAUCCGUAAAAAAUCAUGGUGACCGAUCGUCAAAAAUCUGAUUUGCCGCGAAGCAUGAAGGACCAAAUAACUUGUUACUCCACUAAUGGAGUUUUCAGUUUGCCCGUCUACACUAAGUACGACAGAGACGCUAUCCAGAGAGCGACACGAGGCCAGAGUGACAACGAGCUAUGGUCGAAAUACCGGUAUGGCUGUAUCGGGGCAUCCAACGUCGGGAGGGUUUUGCGUUUCAUGAGGUAUCGCGGCAACCGACGGAGAGCGAACCCAUGGUCUCUAGCGGGAAGGAUUAUUGGAAAUGGACGCUCAUUGAAACAUCUACCUCAGAUUGCGCGCGGUUAUGAAAUGGAGCCGGUGGCUAGAGCAAAGUACGCCGAGUAUCAGCGGAUGAAAGGUCAUCAAGAUGUCGAUGUUAAGGAGUGUGGAAUGUUCUUCCACCCACGGAAGUCUUUCCUGGAGGCGUCACCAGAUGGGCUGGUGAGCUGCAGCUGCUGCGGUGGUGGCCUCGUCGAAAUCAAAUGUCCCAGUACUGCGCCGACUGAAAAGCCGUCGCCCCGCAACGAGAAGUUCCUGAGAAGGGACAACGGAGGGAAGUUUCAUCUGAAGAGGAACCAUCCAUACUAUGACCAGAUCCAGGCCCAACUCGCCGGGACAGGACGGUCCUGGUGCGACUUCUUUGUCUACAAAGACAACGGGGUGUUCCUCGAGAGGAUUGAACGGGAUCCGCAAUGGCAAAGAUCUUUCCUGAUGGACAUGGACAGAUUUUUCUGGAGGUUCAUUGUUCCCGUCCUGGUGAGCCGAGCAAUCAAGAACAACCAGGGAGCGGUUCAUCAACCAUACGGCUGCCCCUACUGCGGGGAACCAAGCCACCGUGUUCCUUUUUGUUGGUACUGGUUCCCAUUGCGAUGUCGUAAUUGUAAGCAGCUAGGACAUAAGGCAAAAGUUUGUCCCAAUUCUUAAGCAUUUCAUUGUCGUUAUGAUUAUGACUUGUGUAUGAUGUUUCCAAAGAUAUGAAAAGAAGUUCCAGCCUGUACUAGGCCUUGAUAGGAUUAACCGUAUGUUUUCAUCUCUUGUAUAUACAUGUAUAGUCACAGUUUUUGUAACAAAAGAAUGAUUACCAGUAGUUUAUUCAUGAGAUUUGUCGCUGCCUUAUAUUAUUGUGUAAAGUGACUAUUCCCGACGGUGUGGUGAAGAGUAAUGUUACGACAUUGUCGCCGCCUUGGUGUAGAGAGUGUAAAUGACGAUGUCAUUCAUUCAGGCGACGGUUUGGUUGAUGUUUGACACGGAGCCAAACUGUCAAUGGCCAUAGUACACCAUGUGACCACUUAAUCCCCCAGCCCUGACAUUGCACCCGCGCGGGUGUCUGUUUCAAAUCCCAAAUCUUGGAAGAUGAUUCGGCGACUUCCAAAUCACGAUGAUGAAACAUAAAUGUACCUGUAUAUAAGAACACUGAACCAUGAUAAAAUACUACGCAACAAUCGGGGCCAGUUUUCAUUUAUUGGUUGCUUAUAUUAGAUGUUUUUCCCGUUCAUUUUGUGUUUAAAAAUGUAACCAGAUAUACUGUGGAUGAUUAUGCUUCGAUUGCUGUAUAAGAACACUAUCUUAACCAUGAUAACAAUUCUGAGCAAUUAUGGGAGCAUGUUUUCUUUUAAUUGGUUGCUAAUCUUAGAUGUUUUUCGACGAUAAUAUUUCUUUCUGUACAUUCUCUGUUUUAAAAUAUAACCAGAUAGAUAACCAUUCUUCGAUUGCUGAUUAUUUUCAUAAAAUAAUGAAAUGAAUAAAGAUGAUCUUCAACGAUUUCAUCAUUGUCCUUGAAGUUAAAAGCUAGGUUAAAUUCUUGUGUCAUCAGAA